AUGGUAUCAGAGCGUCGUCCAAGCUACGCCGCAGUGGUUACAGAGAGUAAUGUAGCCGGCGGGGAGAAUUUGGCCGGACAGACUCCGAAUCCGGGAAAUCAAGCUCCGUUCCUUCAAGCUUCAACACAGCGGAAUGAUGAAUUUGACGAUCCGCUAUACUUACAUAUCACUGAGAACCCGAAUCUGGUUCUUGUAUCUCCUCCACUGUCCGAACAUAACUACGCUUCAUGGAGUAGGUCGAUGAAGAUAGCCCUAGAGGUGAAAAACAAAUUUGGCUUCGCUAGUGGAUCAAUUCCAAAUCCAGGGGAGAAUGAUCCGAGGUAUGCGGUGUGGAGGAGGUGUAACACCAUUGUUUGCUCGUGGAUCCUGAAAUCUCUGAGUUCAAGCAUCGCGGAGACUGUCCUAUACUACGAGAUUGCAGCGGACAUCUGGAAGGCUCUCAAGAAGAGGUAUACGCAGGCUGAUCCUCAUAGAAUUGCGGAGUUACAAAAUCAGAUUUAUCGAAACACACAAGGUAAUUUGACUGUUAAUGAGUAUUUUACAAAAUGCACUGCGUUAUGGGAGAAAUUGAAUGCUAUGAGACCUAUAUUACUGUGUGAAUGUCCUCCUAGAUGUACUUGCAAUCUACUUACUAAAAUGCAGAAGGAAAGAGCUGAUGACAGAGUUAUUAGAUUUCUAGAUGGUCUCAAUGAUGACUUUGAAAUCAUAAAAUCGGGGGUGCUUGUUAUGGAUCCUAUUCCGGAUAUGGAAAAAGUUCUUAAUAUGGCCUUAAAACUAGAAAGAAAACUCAACAGCUCUAUUGUUCAAAGGAAUGAUGAUUUGGUUCAGGCUAAUGCUGUUCAAAAUAACCAGAAUAUCUCUUUGGGGGAUCAAAAUCUUGUGGCAGUUUCAGAUUCAAAUAAUAGGAAGAAAUUUGGCGUGGAGGUAAGAGUGUGCCUAAGUGCACCUAUUGUGGCAUGA